AUGGCAAAAGUCAAGGCCCAAAAACGGCCUGGGAAAACCGGUCAGAGCCACCUUCGAGCCCGGAUUGCAUUCUUAUACAAAGCGUCGACUUAUCUUCAAUCUGCGUCUCUAUCGAAAACUUCUGCAGACAAGAAGCCUAAUCAUGCUGGGGGCCAUGGAGCUCAUGCCCUAUUACAAGAACACGAUGAAGAGCCAACUUCGCAACCACUGUGUGGUAACAAGGUUGCCAGUGAUAGCAAAAACUCAACGACUGACAACGCAUUCUUCUCUCCAAACCACUUGCGGGAACAACAACCGACACAUCAUGUUCCGGUCUCAAAGCUCUCUCGCAAUUUAGCUUCCCAGAUGCGCGGAGUAUCUCUCAAGUCGCAACUGCGACUACCUCACGACAUCAAGAGAUCGAUCUGCAAAGUAUGCGACUCGCUGCUGAUUCCCAACGCGACCUGUGUGGAAACGGUGGAGAAUGCCAGCCGUGGAGGGUCGAAGAAGAAGCCAUGGGCUGACGUUCGCGUGGUUAGCUGCAAUAGCUGCGGCGCUAUAAAACGGUUCCCACAGACUAAAAAAACAAGAAGCAAAAAGCUUGCGGAGCCCAAGAAGCGGUUGAAGGCCGGGGCAGGAUGA